GGAGGGAAUAAACCUCUGAAAGAAAACAUAAAAACUACUGCAUUGCAAGGGUUUAAGGGGUUCUGUAAUCAUUUUCCACAAAAGCAAAGCAGUCUUGUAUCCAAAACGACGUAGCUUUAAGACCGGUCCGGUCCAAAUUUGCACUUUAGUCUAAAAUAGAGGCGGUCUCUGAAAAUUUGGAGGUGACGAUGAAAACCUCAAAUCUUACAAAGAUUAAUGUAAGGUACCUCUCAACUUCCUGUAUUUGCCCCUGUUCCCCUCAUGCUCAAACCCUAAUUUCAUCAUCUAGGCCGUUAUUACACAAUCGAAAACUUAAUUAUUCACAUUCUUUGAUUUCAUCAUCUGGGUCUUACUCAUAUUUUCACCACAGUUUUAGAAAAUUUUCUGCUUGUUCUAUAUCAUGCCCGUGGACUCAAUCUUUAAAUUGUUUAAGUUUUAGUAGAUUUAGUUUAAGAUUCUUUUCUCUGUCUGCUUCUCAGUGUAAUAAAUUGCAUGCUCAUCACCUUAGACCUGAAGCAACUCGAAACCAAGUGUCUGUUAUUAUUGGUUUACUCAUUACAGAAGAUAAAGAUUUGAAAACUAAGCUGAAUAGUUUGAGUUUUGGAUUGUCUAUUGCUGAUGUGAGUUGGGUUUUUAAUUUUUUGGAUAGUAAGAAAAAACCCGCGUUGGAUUUUUUUCAUUGGAUUAGGCGUUGGCAGCCGGAAUUAGAACGGAAUUCGCACGUUUGUAGUAUGGUUGUUCGUAACUGCGGUUGUUUAAAUGACUAUGAUGCCAUGCGAUGCUUAUUGAAGGAUUUUUCUUUGAAUGGAUUGUUUAUAAGUAAAAAGGCUUUCGAGUAUUUGAAUGUUAUAUCUGCAAAUGAGGAUUUGCUUAGGAAAUGUACUAGUGAUGUGGUUGGUAUUUUGCAAGAAGUUGGGGGAACGUCGUAUGGUUCCGGAGUUUACUCAUUGAUUGAAAUGUUUAGCGAGUUGGGAUUUUUUGACAUGGCAUUGUUCGUGAUUGGGAAGACGGAGAGAAAGUUAUCUUACUACAAUGUCUUGAUUAAAGUAGUGUCGCAAAGAUGUGAUGUGAAAGCAGCGAGAAAUCUGAUGGAUGAGAUGAGGAAGGAAGGAUGCAAUCCAAAUGCACAAACUUACAAUUAUGUGAUUAGUGGUUUGCUCAAAAAUGGAAAAUAUGGUGAUGCUUGCAACGUUUUUAAGGAAAUGAAAGAGAGAGGCUGUCCUCCUGAUGCAUUAACUUUUGAAAUUUUUAUUUAUAAGUCUUGUAAUGGUGGAAAGUUGGAUAAGGCUUGUGAGUUUUUGAAUGAGAUGGUGGCAACGGGUCUUGAACCUCGGCUGUUAACACAUGCUGCUUUCAUCAAAGGGUUUGUUAACGCUCAGCAAUAUGAGAAAGCAUAUAAGUAUGUUGUGGAUUCAGCUGAUAAGCACUCAAGCAAUGUGAAUUACAGUCUGCUUGCAGACCUCCAUCAGAAAAGGGGAAAUUUGGUUGAUGCUGUUAAUAUUCUUUCUGAAAUGAUUCAGAAGGGCCUUCGACCGAAUUUGAAGGUGUAUAUGAGAGUUAAAAACCAUAUUCAGAAGUCAGGCAACACAAAGUUGGCAUUAGAUUUACAGAAGAAGUUUCACCAGCUUGAUUUUAGAGCUUAGAACAGGGUGGAGUAAACAAGAAUAGGACCUGGUGACAUGGUUGGAACUCGAAACAGUCGCACAAUUCCUUGAGAAUGAAGCAAAUGGCUUUUAUCAUCUCACAAGUUUCUCUAAUAAGAGCAUUACUGAACUGUGAAAGCUGGAGGAUUUUGACAUGGGUGCACAAGCUUGGUAGUUAAAGGCUGAGUGUAGCUGAGUCUAGAAACAACAGCAGCUGUGAAGGGAACAACGCCGACCUGAAGUCUGAUGACAGUUCCUGGAUCAACAGUGGCAGGGCAUGAUUAUAACAAUUUACAAGUUCCAGAAAACGUAGACUUUAAUCAAUAUAUGGAAGACUUGAAACAAAUAAUCGAAAAGAUGUUGAUGUUUAUGCCAUUUGAGUGCAUCGAUAGUGCUUCGGCCGGAUAAAAUGGUUUUCUUGUUAUAAUAUUUUAAUAUUAGUUCAAUUAAAAUGCUACAAAGGCAAUUCUCUUUUCAA